UUUAAUUCAGAAAAACAGAAAGGACUAGAGAGAGUUUCUGAGAGCCAGGUGGGGGAAAUCCACCCAGUCAAGCACCCCGGCGGCCCCCCGAUCCUCCAUUUCCUCAAAGCUGCUCUUGGCUACAAACGAUCAACUGAACCACCCCGAAGAGCAGCUAUGGCUGGCGCCAACUCGAAACAAUCCAUAGAAAAGGGUCUUGAGGGGAUGAAGGCCGCGUUGAGACAAGUAAAUCUCGAAGAGGUGUUAGCUAAUGCUGAGAAAGAGUUAAAAUUAUUAAAGAACACAAGACUUGAUAUUGCUUUCACAGGGGUUUCAGGGGCCGGUAAAUCAUCCCUCGUGAAUGCCUUUCGGAAUAUCCCAGAUUAUGAAGAAGGCGCAGCUAAAAUAGGGGUAAAGCAGACUACUAUGCUUGCAGAGAGGUAUCCCCAUCCUAAAUUCCCAGAACUAACCUUAUGGGAUCUACCAGGAAUUGGGACACGUGAAUUCAAACCAAGAGAAUACCUAGAGAAGGUAAAUUUUAGCAGGUAUGACUUCUUCAUCAUCGUCGCCUCAGAACGCUUCACCGUGAAUGAUGCAAUGCUGGCCUCAGAAAUUCAAAAGAUGAAGAAGCGGUUUUACUUUGUUCGCACCAAAGUGGAUCAGGCUAUGGAUGCUGAGAGAAGGAAGCCGAACUUUAGUGAGACACAGACCUUGGAAGAGAUAAGAAAAUACUGCCUUUCCAAUUUGAGAGAAGAAGGAGCGGUCGAUCCAAGGGUUUUUCUCAUAUCCAGCUGGCAUUUGAAUAUGUUUGACUUUCCUCUCCUGCAGAAGACCCUAGCAGGUGACCUGAAUGAUCUCAAGAGGCCUCUUCUUAUCAUGGCGAUGCCGGCUUUCUCAAGAGAACACCUGGAAGAGAAAAGGGCUGCUAUGGAGGCUGUCAUCUGGAAAAAAGCCGUUGUGUCUUGUGGUGUUGGGGCGAUUCCUAUCCCAGGUCUCUCUCUUAUUUUUGAUAUUGCCCUCUUGGUGAGCACAAUGAAAGAGUUCUGCAGGAACUUUGGCUUAGAUGAAGAGUCCCUCUGUAACCUCGCCAAGAGGGUUGGCAAACCUGUUGGCGUACUGAAAUCUGCUAUUAAAAAGACUCCGAUGGCCAACCAGAUCAACCCGGAAUUUGUGAAGUCUCUCACAACCAAGUCCCUGCUAUGUGGCUCUGCAAUGGUGCUGGAAGAAGUUGCCGAUUUCGUACCUGUCCUCGGCUCUCUAGUUGGUGGAGUUAAUUCUUUUGCCACCACAUAUUACAUGCUGCAGGGCUUCCUCCAAGAUGCAGUGGAAGAUGCCGAGAGCGUUCUGGCAAAAGUUGCUGAGUGAAGUCCCUUCUGAUGAUUCUGCAAUUGAACUUCAAUUCCCAUGUGGCUCGAGCAAAGGAAAGACACACGUUUCAGAGCAAAUAAUAUUCUUCACUUCCCUCUAAGGAAGGCCUACCCGCUCCUGUUUGCUUAAAGGGACUCUUGUGAAGAGCUGCCAGAUCUGACCUGAGUCAGGGAGCAAUCUUGUACCUUUAAGGGAAACAGAGUUUCCUUAAACUCUGCUUCGCAUUCUAAUCUAGCAGGUUUCGUUUAUAUGUAGCCCUUAAAGGUGCUAGAGUCCUCUCCAACUGGGUUUGUGUACUUAUGUCAAAAAAGUUUGUGUACUCAUACCAAAAAAGUGUGGAUUUAGUUUUUGGAGAAAAACACCAUGACCGAUUUCCCACAGCCGCUGCUCUGCGCGCGCUCCUCUCUUUGCCCCGAUUGUACAUGUCAAUUUCCCACGAUGUGCUGCGUGGCGGCAUUUUGAGGAUUUAGUAGAUUUGGGGAAAAUCGGGGAA